GACCAAUGUAUAUACUUCUUCUCAUCUCAUGAAGGAAAAUGUAUUUGUUUUUACAAUUACAACUUCUCUUGCAAGGAAUAACUAAAACCCAUUUAUAUUUCCAUUUAUUUUUGUAUUCCAACUUCUAGCGGAAGGAAAGAAAUAACAAUCAGAUUUUCCAAAGCAAAAUAAAGAAAAAAAAAAGAAUCAUAUAUAUUAUUAUUAUUAUAGAAUGUGACUUUUCGAUGUCCUUAGUAUAACUAUUGGGUAUAUGAUUCUACUACUUAUUGUUCUUUCUUUCUUCAAUGGCAAGUGAUCCUUGUUAUUUUGUUGCUCUUAAUUUUCGUUCUUUGUCGUUUUCUUCUCUCUUUCCUUUCUUUCUUUUAUGGUCUGUGAUCAAUUUUUAAGAACAAAAUUAUUAGAGAUGCAAUCCGAUAACGCCACCAAGAAGGAAAUAAGAUAUGUUCCCGGAAGAAGUUUAAUCAAUUUGGUCUUUGAUUGGUCUUUCAAAGAUGUUCUCAACAAUAAUCUCUACAAAAACCAGGUGAACAAGAUUCCCCACACAUUCUCUUCAAAAACAGAAUACUUAAACUCAUUCAUUGCUCCUCUAAUGGAGGAAACACAUGCUGACUUGUUAUCAAGUGUGAAAUCAUUGUCUCACCCCCUUUGCUGUGAGAUAAGGUCUUUCACUUUUACCGAUGCAUAUAAGCCUCCCAAAGACUUGUUUUACAAACUUAUAUUGAAAGGUAACGAAAACAAGAAUGAUCAUAUGGUCUAUGAACCUCAACAUGGAGAUCUUAUUGCCAUAACCAGUGUUAAACCAAGAAGCAUUGCUGAUUUGCAAAGGUCAUAUGUUGUUGCUUUGGUUCAAGGAGUGAAAGAUGAUCUUAUUCUCACAGUGCUUUCAUCAAAGCCUAUCGAAGACUAUAUGGACAGGACUAAGAAUAAUUCAUCUCUUUUUGCUGUAUAUCUCAUCAACAUGACAACUAACAUUCGAAUAUGGCAAGCACUAACUUCUGAUCCUAAUGACCGCGGUAUGAAGAUCAUUGAGAAUGUUCUACGGCCUGAAUUUCCUGAUGCAGAAAAGUGUGUGAAUUGUCACUUUAAACAAAAUUGCAGCACUGCAUAUUUAAACGCGAAGAUUGGAAUUCAAUCAUCUGAGUUGAAUGAAUCCCAACAGAAAGCAGUCUUAAGUUGUGUUCAGACAAGUUUAUGCUCUCAUCAGAAUACUGUGAAGCUCAUAUGGGGGCCGCCGGGGACAGGAAAAACCAUGACUGUCGGUUUUUUAUUGCAUUGCUUGCUUAAUAUGAAAUGUAGGACACUUACAUGUGCUCCUACAAAUAUUGCAGUGUUGGAAGUAACAGGGAGGCUCAUACAAAGAGUUAUGGAGUCAUCUAAGUAUGGUACGUAUGGCCUUGGUGACAUUGUUUUGUAUGGAAAUGGGGAGCGAAUGAAGAUUGAAGAACGCGACGAGCUUCAUGAUGUGUUUCUAGAUAACCGUAUUGCCAUACUUGAUUAUUGUUUUGCUUCAGAAAGUGGUUGGAGAAGUAAUUUGCUUUAUAUGAUUUCUUUGCUUGAAGAUCCUCAGGGAAAGUACCAAUUGUAUUUGAAAGAAACUGUGGUGGAAGACUUGAAAGAAAAUGACAAUGAUGAGGAGUUGACACGAACUGGAGAUUCAAAGAAUCAAGAGAAGAUAAAUAAGAAACCAUUGAAGCAAGUUAUACUAGAAACCUUGAAAGAAAACAAGAAGAAUCAGAAAAAGAUGAAAGACAACAAAAAGAAAAAAGAAUCAAAGCAUGAGGAGGAGAGGAAGGGAGUGAACGAUCUUUCAUAUGAAAAGGAAAAUCUUAAAGAAAAAACACAUGUUAUACAUUUGACAUUUGAGGAGUUUUUCCAAAAGAGAUUCUCUUACAUUGCAGAACGAUUAUAUUUUUGUGUCGAGAGUUUGAUUACGCACCUACCAACAUCUCUUAUUUCAUUAAAAGUUGUGAAGAUGAUGUCAGAAGCUGUUGAUAAUCUCAAAUCCUUACAAAAGUUGUUGUCUGGAGAUUCAAGUGGAGCUUUAGGGAAAUGUUUGAGCAAGAAUGUAGUAAGUGGAGGUGGUAGCUCAACAAAACUCAAUGCUGCAAGAAAAAAGAGCCUUUUGCUACUAAAAUUACUCCCUUCUACUUUUCCUGUGCCUCAAUCUACUAAUAGCAGUUAUGAUACAAGGGAGAUUCAAGAUUUUUGCUUGGCUAAUGCAUGUCUGAUUUUCUGUACUGUCUCAAGCUCAGCUAAACUACACAAGACAGAAAUGGUUCCUUUUGAAGUAUUGAUUAUAGAUGAGGCUGCUCAGUUGAAAGAAUGUGAAUCAACAAUUCCUUUACAACUUCUUGGAACUCGUCAUGCUAUACUUAUAGGCGAUGAGCGGCAAUUACCAGCAAUGGUUAAAAGCCAGGUUUUAGCAAAAGCCAAUUUCGGAAGAAGUUUGUUUGAGAGAUUGGCUCUCCUUGGCCAUAAGAAACACCUUCUCAAUGUCCAGCACAGGAUGCAUCCUUCAAUAAGUUCUUUUCCAAAUAAGCAAUUUUAUAACAAUGAGAUUUUUGAUGGUCAGAAUGUUAAACAAAGGAGUUACAGUCAAUGUUUUCUGCAAGGAAAGAUGUAUGGCUCCUACUCUUUCAUAAAUGUGCCAUAUGGAAAGGAGACUGUUGAUAACAAGCAUAGUAGCAAGAACAAAAUUGAGGCCUUUGUUGUCUCUGAGAUAGUUGCAAAGCUUUAUGAAGAAGUUAAAAAAACAAAGAAAAAGAUUAGAGUUGGUGUUAUAUCACCAUACAAGGCACAAGUUUAUGCAAUAUGUGAGAUAGUUGGAACAAAAUACAGCUCGGAUGCUCAAAAUGACUUCUCUUUGAGUGUUCGAUCGGUUGAUGGAUUUCAAGGUGGUGAAGAAGAUGUUAUAAUCAUCUCAACUGUCCGGAGCAAUGCUAAAGGAUCAGUUGGGUUCCUUUCCAACUGUCAAAGAGCAAAUGUGGCGCUAACUCGUGCAAGGCACUGCCUUUGGAUUGUGGGCAAUGGAGAAACUUUAGGUAAUAGUGAAUGUGUUUGGAAGAAGCUAGUCAUGGACGCCAAGGAGCGUAGUUGUUUUCACAAUGCUAGUGAGGACAAGAAUUUGUCUUUGGCUAUCAUUGCUGCCUUGGUUCAGCUUAAACAAAUCCAUCUUUUACCAAAUCUAGAUUCACAUCUGUUUAGAGAUGCAAGAUGGAAGGUUUGUUUCAAUGACGAUUUCUGGAUUUCGAUGACAAGAGUUAAAGAUUACGAGCUUUGUAAGGAAAUACUUUCUUUAUUGGAGAAGCUUUCAUGUGGCUGGCGCAAAGGAGCUUCAUCCCAAUUAGUAGAGUGUUAUAAGGUUAAGCAAAUGUGUAUUGUUUGGACUGUAGAUCUUCUCAUAGAAAAUUCUCAUCAAGUUCAGAUUUUGAAGGUUUGGAAUGUUUUGGCUCAUUCUGAAGUACCAAAACUAUCAAAACAGCUUGACUUACUAUAUGGAAACUAUUCCUUUCAUAAAAUGAGUCAAUGCAAGUUCAAACAUAAAGAGAGGAAUUUAGAUGUUCCAAUGAAAUGGCCUGUGGAUUCUGUUGGCUUGUUAUCAAAUUCACUAGCUUCACUCAAUCUAAAGGAUGAACCAGAAACAUGAACUUCAAAAAAUAAUAGAUUCAAAGCUUUUAAAAGUUCUAAAAGAGAAAACCAAGGAUAGAAGUUUGCACACAAAGGUGAUUUAAGGAUACGAAGAUUUUAUAUGGAUUGUAGACAAGGAUGAUGGGUGUAUUUUGUACUAGCAAACUUAUCAUGCUAAUCAUUAUUUGUUCCAUCACCCUUCACCCAUUAUUGACCUUAAAUUGUAUAUAAUAGUUAUGUUCUUAAAUAUGUUCUUCUAGUUGAUAAUUGGACCAAAUGAAACAUCUAUUAUUGUACCGCCCCCCCACCCCACAAAAAAAAAAAAACAAACAAAAAAUUAGCUAGCAAAUUUAUGAUUAGAUUUACUUGUUUGGUAAGUUGUGUUUUUAUCAAAAUACAAAUUUUGCACCUUAUAUGGUACUUUAUUAAUAAAAUUAGGGGUGUUCGUAGUGCGA